GAGAUGCAGAUCUUUGUGAAGACCCUGACGGGCAAGACCAUCACCCUUGAGGUCGAGCCCAGUGACACCAUUGAGAAUGUCAAAGCCAAAAUCCAAGACAAGGAGGGCAUCCCGCCUGACCAGCAGCGUCUGGUUUUUGCGGGCAAACAGCUGGAAGAUGGCCGUACUCUGUCAGACUAUAAUAUCCAGAAAGAGUCCACCCUGCACUUGGUGCUUCGCCUACGGGGUGGCAUCAUCGAGCCUUCCCUCCGCCAGCUGGCCCAGAAAUACAACUGCAACAAGAUGAUCUGCCGCAAGUGUUAUGCUCGCCUGCACCCCCGCGCUGUCAACUGCUGCAAGAAGUGCGGCCACACCAACAACCUGCACCCCAAAAAGAAGGUCAAAUAAGGCCCUUCCACCAGCUCUUCCUUUGCCCGCAGGGUGGCCUCCUGCCUGAGCUCCAAGGCCCUGGGGCCUCAAUAAAGUUUCCCUUUCAUUGACUGGAAAAAAAAAAAAUCUUUUUAAAAAAUCACCCAUGU